CUCGCACCGAAAUGGCCUCCCUUCUCUCCCUGCCCAUCGCAAACAGGUCGGCCGCAAGAACCGCGCUGUCUCUGACACAUACCGCUCGUCGCACGUCCUCGCCCCCACUCCAGCACCUUCGCCCCUUCGGAGCCUCGCCCCGGAGAUCUCUAUCACAUUUCGAUACCUAUCUGUUUGUGGAAAAACUCGAAAAGAAUGGCAUGACAAGGGAGUCAGCGGAGGGAGUGAUGAGUGUUUUGGCGGAGGUGAUCGAGGAGAGCAUAAAGGGGAUGGAAGCGAGCUUGGUCAGCAAAGCUGAACAGGAGAAGCAACGGUACACGGAGAAAGUCGACUUUGCCAGACUCAAGUCCGAGCUUCAGCUACAUGAGAAGAACGACCUUACUCUGAUGAAGGCCGAGAACGACCGCUUGAUGGCGGAUGUCGAGAAACUCAAGCAACGUCUUCGUGAGGAAGUUACUCGGACGCAAGCAGGCGUCCGCCUGGAUCUCAAUCUGGAGAAGGGCAGAAUAAGAGAUGAGAGUAGUCAGCAAGAGCUAAAGAUCAAAGAGGUGGACACGAGGAUCGAGAGUGAGAUAGCUGGUCUGCGAACACAGAUCGAGCAAGCAAAGUUUAGUAUUCUGCAGUACUUGGUUGGUGUCGCCACUGGUUCCGGAGCUCUUCUACUUGCGUACAUGAGGAUGAUGAUGUAGCGCUAAAGUGUCAAGAAUCACUGUUGUAUACCGAUACCUCGGCUUUGUACCAUAUGGACACAUGCAUCUCUGCUAUGUCAAGCAUCCCUACGAAGGAGACUCGCCGAUACGGUGGAGGCUCUGAUAUCUGGGAGUCUACCUUCCUUCCGUGUACGCCUCAUAAAAUGACCCAGCUCGCCUUCUCUCCCCACACCACUUAUUGUCACACGUAGUAAUUCCCUGAAGUGGCAUUGGCGCUGAGUUGUGUGUGGAUGGUUGAAGCACGCGCGGUGUACAUACUCAAUUCAAAUCUCGUUAUCUACUCUUUCCUCAUGCGAUAAUACCGAAAAGGUCUUUCCCCUCCAAAAUCACCUUUUCCAGUCCCUUCCCUGCUGCGUCCCAGCUAGGUUGUGACACUUAUAGUCUUCCGUCACUAUCCAUCUACCUUCUGCAACUGAAUGGACUUUCGUUGGGCG